GAUCUGUAAAAUGAAUUGUUGAUUUAAAAAAAAAAAAAGGAGUUGAUUUGUUUGUUUAAAGUCAAGCAGAUUUUAAUGGCUGUCGCGCUGCUGUAAGUAAACGGUACAGUUAAAACAGUACCGUAACCUUUUUGUUUUUUGGGAUACGCCAAUGGCCGCUUUUAGUAAAGUGCUGAAAAUAAUACGGCCCCUAACUCCGCGGCAUCCCUCUUCCGAAUUCCUGCGCACUUUUGAGACGAGCCCUAGAGCGGAAGCGUUUCCAGGUGAAAGGUGUGGUGUGUAAAAUUCUCCAUCGACAGCAAGUGAGAAAAAACAAACAAACAAAACGACUAAAAAACAAAACGACUAAAAAACAAAACGACUAAAGCACUCGCGAAACGGUACCCCCUGACGCCCCGCAAUGUCGUUUCAGACGUACCCGGUGCCUGCCAGCAGCCUCAGCUCAGCCCUGAAGAGGAAGGGGGACAGGGGGGCGGGGCCGGGGAGACCCCUGUACCCCGUCUCUGCCGACCGGCGCAAGUCCAAAGUGUGGCAGUACUACACGCAGCUGAGCGAGAGCCACGUGGAGUGCAACGUGUGCAAGAAGCAGCUCUCCUUCCACAACAGCACCACCACCAUGCGGGAGCACCUGGUCCGAAAACACAGCAUCCGGGACAGCCCCCCCCAGCACCACCCCGCCCCCCCCGCCCCAGGUCAAAGAGGAGGCGCAGGAGACCCAGCUAUCGGGGGAGGACAGCAGCAGCAAGCGAGCCCGGAUCCCCGACACAGCCACCGCCUCGACCAACACAGCCCCCCCGCCCCCCCCCUCCUCCCCCCCCCCCCGGGCCCCCCCCAGGACUCCGGCAAGCGGGCGGGGCUGCUGUCCGAGCUGAUCCUGGAGAUGCUGUUCCGGGACCUGCACCCCGUCUCCGUGGUGGAGGAGAGGGGGUUCAAGCUGCUGCUGGGGUGCCUGGAGCCCUCGUUCCGGGCCCCGCCCCGCUCGCACCUCUCCGGGAUGCUGUGGCACCGGCACAGCGUGCAGCGGCAGCUCCUGCAGGGGUACCUGCGGGCCGGCGUGGGGCGCGGGGGCGCCGCAGUGCUGUGCACUGACCACUGGGGGGCGACGGAGAGCGGCGGGGGCUACCUGACCGUCAGCGUUCUCUUCGUGGAUCGGGACUGGCGGCUGGCCAGGUGCGUCCUGGAGACACGGCCAGCUCCGGAGCCCCAGGGGCUGAGGGACGCUCUGGGGGGGGCGCUGGCUCAAUUCGGCCUGCCCGAGAGCUCCGUCCUGGGGGUGGUCCUGGACAGGCCGGGCCCCUCUCUGUGUGUCCGGUCCCCCGGGGGCCUUUCGGGCUGGCAGGGGCUACCCUGCGCGGCGCUGUGGCUGGGGGAGUGUGUGGCGGAGGCUCUCUCUCUGGAUCCCGUGCAGGAGGCUCUGGCAGCGGCCCGGGUCAUCGUGACUCACUUCCAGCAGGACCCCGGCAGCGCUGCUCUGCUGAACCCGGACGAGGCGGGAGCGGGGGGCAGCAGCAGCAGCAAGGCUAGGCUCCCCCCCCCAGACCAGCCCGCUCGCUGGGUCACCACCCUGGCCAUGUGCGAGGGCUUGCUGGAGCUGCGCUGGGUGGUCAGCUCGGUGCUGGAGGGGGGUGGGGGCAGCCCCCCCGUUCCCAAUCUGGCGGAUCACCAGUGGCGCCUCCUUCAGGAGCUGCUCCCGGCGCUCAGGACUGUCAGGCUGGCCGCCUCCUUCCUCAGCGAGGAGCCCAACGCCUCCGUCUCCGCCCUGCUGCCCUGCCUGCACGGGGCGGCCAGGCUUCUGGGCAGCCAGCUGGGGGAGUGCGGGUUGCAAGCGGCCCGGUCAGCCAUCGGGAGGAUGAGGGGAGCGAUGCAGAAGCGUUGGAGGAUCGGAGAGGGAGAGGGAGAGGGAGAGGACGAGGGAGAGGAGGAGGAGGAGAUGCUGCUGGACAGCCCCCUGGUCCUCAGCUCGUUCCUGGACCCCCGUUUCAAGGAGCUUAGGUUCCUGAGCCCGGAUGCCAGGAGCCGGCUGCACGGGAGGGUGAAGGAGCUGCUGUCGGCGCAGAGGGAGGAGGGAGAGGAGGAGGCGGGAGAGGGCGAGGGAGCAGGAGGAGGAGGAGGAGGAGGAGGAGAGAGCUCCCCGAUGUCUUGCGUUUCCGCAGAGGGGCACGAUUUGCAGGCUGGGGGGGAAGGCUGCAGGAUCAGCAUGGUGGUUGUCGGGGCGCACGGUAACAGUCAGUGGUCCCCUCCUCCCCCUCCCCCUCCCCCUCAGAGCGUCUACGACGUCCUGCUGGGGGAGGACCCCACAGAGCGCAUGCCGGCGAUCCAGCAGCAGCUGGAGAACUACAUCGCAGAGCCCCUGUGCAAGCGCAGCUGCAGCCCGCUGGACUGGUGGCGAAGCAAGCAGCUCCGCUUCCCAGCGCUGGCCGGCCUGGCCCGCCGCUACCUCGCCUUCCCCUCCACCGCCGUGCCCCCUGAGAGAGCCUUCGCCCCCCAGGAGAGCCCCGCCCUGCGCAGGAGGGCCACCCUGGCCCCCGAGCACUUAGACCAGAUCCUGUUCCUGAACCAGAACUGCGAUUUCAUCGAGGGCCUCCGAGGAGGGGCCACGGGCACGGCCGAGCACAGGGGGGGCCAGGCCCACGCCAGGGAGACUCUCUAUCAGUCGCUGGUGUCCUUCGAGAGCCAGGCCUAGCUGAGCGAGGACAGGGAGUGACACGCGCCCCCCGCCACCUAGUGGAAGAGAGCAGGACUGCGCUUUUCAUGUUCACUAGAAUCCUCCCGUUUCAAAAAUAACAACGAUAACAUCGAUACAAUUUUCACUGUAGAAAAGUAGUGAGACUUUUGAUUUGGAGUGUGUGGUCCUCUUUUGGGUUUGACUCUUCUGUUUGUUUCAGAUUUCAGUUGCAACGGUUAAACCUUUUUGCAGAACAAUGUGAAAAUCAACGCAAGAUGAAGGUCAUAAAAACUUUUUUUUUUAUCACUGUAUCCAUUUAUUUUAGUGAAAGACUUCUAGUCAAAAUGUUUGCCUUUUGAAUUUCAAGUUUCUAAAUGACCUUUCGUUUUUUUUUUUAAAAGUAGCUUCCAUAUUGAUUUUAAUCUUAACUGGGACUGAAGCUAAAGAAAAGAACGCAUGUGUUUCAAAUCCUUCUACACUUUUAAAGGCUCACUUGUGUUAAUUUUUGCAGAUAGUUUCACAAACAACCCCAGACCCUGAAACUGUAUAGAAGGUUCUGAAUAAAAGAUUAGAUUGCAAGACUGGAUUUGAGAAAGUCAUUAACAAUGAGUUUCUGGAGACCAGGGUCAGAGUCCAUGCCUGCUUUUCAAUUCCCGUUCCUUUCUAAAACCAGUAUCCCAUUCCAUUUGAAUCAAUCCCAACACAAUCACUGAUCUGAACUGCAAUCCGCAGUUUUCUGUUACAGUGAGCUGCUUGCAGGGGCAACGCCAAAAUGACUGGAAGUGAAGUCGCUGUUUGUUUGCAAUUCAAUCGGCUGCAAACGAAGGCAGCUGAACAAUCACAGCAAAUGAUCAUGUUUCGAAAAUAUCGAUUCCUUUUCCUUCCAAGGAGUUGGGAAGUGAUUUAUAAAAGGAAUUGAUUCAGACCCUGGUGGAGACUCCCGUUUGAAGGGAAGCUGUUUUGAUUUGCUGAAUGAAGUCAGACAGCACGACAAGGGCACUUACAUUUUUGCAAAGCUCUGUUUAAGAAAAAAAAUAAAACGCUAAAUAAAAAAAAAAAUAACACACUUUGAUUUUAAUUUUUAUUGAUACAUUUCAACCCCAUUGAACAAAACAAAGCUCCAAUUAUACAAAAUCACUAUCGGGAACAGCAUUGGUAAAAGCAUUUUUAUUUUUUUGUUCCUCAAAGGUGCGUGUAAUAAACAGAACGCGUGACAAACGCAAAACCCCAACAAAAACGGGAGCCGUGUUUUCAAAGCGUUUCAAAGGAGAAAAAUAUAUAUAUCAUUAACAGGUACAAAAUGUUGAAAAAAACCAAAAAAUCAUCGAGAGAGUGCUCAAAAGGACUUGGAAAAAUCACUCGGCUGUUUUUGGUUCUAGGUUUGUAAAAUUAACUGACCGCUUAAAAAAAAAACUAAAAAAACAGGAGUUAAUUAACAAAGGACACUGAAGCAUGUGCUGCUGUGGGCUCAUAUCACAACACACACGCUGCACACCUCUAUUAGAAACAUCACAGUGAAUCCGUACAGCCCUAACUACAACUACAGUUCCCAGCAUGCCUCCUCCCCUGCAAUGGUGAGGGAUGCUGGGAGCUGUAGUUCUUGAGCUGCAGUGAGCCUGGCUGCACACCUCUAUUAGAAACAUCAUGUAAAGAAAGCAUCGCGCCUCAGCGACACACAGUGAAUCCGGCCAGUCCUACAAACGCAUCCUGAAAUCACUCCUGUUCAUUUCAAACUCUUAAUAUCAACACACUGAAGGGUCACAAAUGAUGCACGUUGGAAUGGGAAGUCAAUGGGGGAGGAUGUUCCCAGAGAUGUAACAUAAUUACAAUAAAACGUUGGCUCUUCUGCAAUGUCAUUUCUAAUCGUUUUAAUUUGUAGUGUGCAGUGCUGUGCUGCAGAGCACAGGAAAGUGAUUCACACACAGCAUUGCAAUCAGUUAACACUCGCUACUGUCUGAACUUCAUGCACACAGAACUCUCUUCUAGUCUUUAUAUCUAACCUAUAUAUCUAUCUAUAGGGGGACAUAUGGAAAAUGCAAAAUAAUGCAGAACAGCCUCACAUGAGCCAGAUGCCAUCCCACCCAUAUAUAAAGCAAUGGAAAAAAAUUGAAACAAUUAUUUAAAUGAAAAAUAUAUUAAUUUGUGUGCCCAAAACUUAUUUUUUUCCCCAGCUGUUUUCAGUAUUUCCUGCAUGAA